AGUCGCGUUACUACCCAGAGAUUCAUCUGUACCAGGGACAGAGGGAGAGAGGAGAGGGAGGAGGGGACACACACACACACACACAGAGAGAGAGAGAGAGAGAGAGGAGAGAGAGAGAGAGAGAGAGAUUGCCUCCAGCAGCUGCUCUCGCUAGAGAAAGGGAGUGACCCAAGGGACCGCGAGUGAAGGGACAGGAUGGCUUAAGUACCUCUGCCCACAGGACCCCACGACAGGGAGAGGUUCCAGCUACAGCUCCUCCGUGGGGUCAUGGCAGGGGCUGGGGAGUCCCCUCAAAAGCCCUGAGCACCCCUGCACUGCCGCUAAGGGACACCCCAGAAGUUAGCAUCAGUGGGACUCCGAAGCUCUGAUCUCAACAACAUCCCAGCUAUGGCUGGUGAUUCUAGGAAUGCCAUGAACCAGGACAUGGAGAUUGGAGUCACUCCAUGGGACCCCAAGAGGAUUCCCAAACAGGCCCGCGAAUACGUCCCCAUUGCCACAGACCGCACGCGCCUGCUGGCUGAGGGCAAGAAGCCGCGCCAGCGCUACAUGGAGAAGAGCGGCAAGUGCAACGUGCACCACGGCAACGUCCAGGAGACCUACCGGUACCUGAGUGACCUCUUCACCACCCUGGUGGACCUCAAGUGGCGUUUCAACCUGCUCGUCUUCACCAUGGUUUACACCGUCACCUGGCUGUUCUUCGGCUUCAUUUGGUGGCUCAUUGCUUACAUCCGGGGUGACCUGGACCAUGUUGGUGACCAAGAGUGGAUCCCUUGUGUUGAAAACCUCAGUGGCUUCGUGUCCGCUUUCCUGUUCUCCAUUGAGACCGAAACAACCAUUGGGUAUGGCUUCCGAGUCAUCACAGAGAAGUGUCCGGAGGGGAUUAUACUCCUCUUGGUUCAGGCCAUCCUGGGCUCCAUCGUCAAUGCCUUCAUGGUGGGGUGCAUGUUUGUCAAGAUCAGCCAGCCCAAGAAGAGAGCUGAGACUCUCAUGUUUUCCAACAACGCGGUCAUCUCCAUGCGGGACGAGAAGCUGUGCCUCAUGUUCCGGGUGGGUGACCUCCGCAACUCCCACAUCGUAGAGGCCUCCAUCCGAGCCAAGCUCAUCAAGUCCCGGCAGACCAAAGAGGGGGAGUUCAUCCCCCUGAACCAGACCGACAUCAACGUGGGCUUCGACACGGGCGACGACCGCCUCUUCCUGGUGUCUCCUCUGAUCAUCUCCCACGAGAUCAACGAGAAGAGCCCUUUCUGGGAGAUGUCGCAGGCUCAGCUGCAUCAGGAGGAGUUCGAAGUCGUGGUCAUUCUAGAAGGGAUGGUGGAAGCCACAGGCAUGACCUGCCAAGCCCGGAGCUCCUACAUGGAUACAGAGGUGCUCUGGGGCCACCGAUUCACACCAGUCCUCACUUUGGAAAAGGGCUUUUAUGAGGUGGACUACAACACCUUCCACGACACCUAUGAGACCAACACACCCAGCUGCUGUGCCAAGGAGCUGGCAGAAAUGAAGCGGGAAGGCCGGCUCCUCCAGUACCUCCCCAGCCCCCCGCUGCUGGGGGGCUGUGCUGAGGCAGGGCUGGAUGCAGAGGCUGAGCAGAAUGAAGACGAUGAGCCCAAGAGGCUAGGUGGGUCCAGGGAGGCCAGGGGCUCGGUGUGAGGGCUGCAGCCUCCCUAAGACCUCCUGUCACUGGCUUCAGUGAGCACAGGCACUGCAGAGCCUGGGACCAGGGGAGGGGAAUAGUUGAGUGUGCUGUUUGGGGGCUCAGAAGCCAUCAAGGCUGUGAGGAGGAACCAUAUACCCAGCCCCCACAGCUCCCAGCACAGGGCCUCCCUGAGCCAGUGGCAUCCUUCCUGGGCCCCCCAUGGCAGUGCUGCCUCUUGUGGGUGCUGGCUAAGGGCCAGGCCAGGAUGAGUUUCCCCAUGGUGAAUGUUACAAGGUGGCAUCUGUUCUCUCCCUGCCCUGGGUCACUUCCUUUUUUGGGUCUCACAGACCCUCCAGAGGCUGACAUCUAGAGAGA